UUCUCACUUCUGAAUUGUUUCAGAAAUUGACACGCAACUGCGAAUGACGGAUUGCUUGCCGUUCCUACGUUAUUUGGCCGAAUCGACGUGAAACGGCACUAUGGAUGAACAAGUGAGCACGGUGAUUCGCCUGCUCUCUAUCCCUGCCCAAAAUCGAACGUCAGCGGACAUCGUUUACCUGCAUGCGUACUUGCGUACUAUUGAAGGUCUCAACAUUCCAGGCCCGACUUCGGCUCACAGAGAUGCAGAGCUUCGCGCCAUCUGUCGGGUAGCAAGACAUCAACACGUCCCGGGGGAAGUGACCCUCUAUCAGGCUGGUGAUUAUUCAGAUUGCUGGUUUAUUCUUUUGACCGGAUCUGUCCUGAUAGAUUCUUCCAUGUUCCUUCCCCGUGCCUGCUUCGGUACUCGCAUAAAUGGAGCUACGUUUCGACAAAGUGGAUGCGUGGUACUGGAACCAUCGGACUUGGUUGUAAUAGACUACCCCGAAUCGGAUCGGUGUCCGGGACUACUCACUGAUUUUCAAUAUCAGGCUGUCAUGGGUCACAAACGUCGUCUUUCGAUUGGAACUACCAGUUCAACCUCGACAAGUAGUGACACUGUUCUGCGCCACAAUCAAAUGGAACCUGUUCCAGCGACAAACAAUGCACAGCCAUCACAAAACAAUACUUCUUUGACGCUGUCUCCAGGACGUGGCAAAAGGUCCAUCGGUUUGUCUCCAGCGAAUGAGCAACACCUUUCACCUUGCGGUGGCCCAGCAUGUCGAUCCCAACAGAUAGGUGAUACCUCCUCGGCUCAAUCGUUUAGCUCUUCUCUGUAUGGUAGUACAGAGGCUACUAGCGCCGGGGCCGGUUUCUCCGACUCUGGUCGAGGGAGUUCCCGCCUUACCUCAGUUGUGCCGGAGAAAAAGCUAAGCUCAACCUCCUCCUCGUCAGACACACAGAAAGUCGCAUCGUCUUGGUCCAAGCAUAGUGGUGGGACCGGGGAUAGCAGUUUGGUGGACUCAGAAGACGAUGAGGAAGAGGAAGACUUCGAGUCGAGCAGUCAUGAGUCCCUUCGUGAUGCCUUCUGGGAGUCCAUACUCAAAGAUCCAUCGGAGCGAACCGCGGACGAUAUCGAAAUCCUACUGGAGAAUGUCCAACAGCUUCCGGCCUUCUCCAACUUGACCAAGGCUACCUGUCGAUCUCUGUGCACUGUCAUGGUAGUUGCGAUAGUGCGUGAGGCUGGACAAGUGGUUCUUGGUGACAACGAACCGCUAGACACAUGGGCUGUGGUUCUCAGCGGAACGGUAGAGGUUAUUGAACCCGAUGGAACUAUUCGGGAGUUGACUCGGGGUGAUGCAUUCGGUGUUCGGCCGGGUCGAGAGGAUCGAACACACCGCGGUGUCAUGCGCACCGUUACUGAGGAUUGCCAGUUUGCCUGUGUUCCACAAGCUGACUAUCUGCAGAUAAUGAGUCGCGAGGGUGAGGCGGAAAUUCCUGAAAUGGGCGAAGGCGGUCGUGUGGUAUUGGUUUACGAAGCGUUGGAGACAGACACGUCAACAGUGCGUCCUACGGUUUCGAAAUCUAUGGAAUCUACAACUACGGUGCUUCCAAAGAAAGGUCGCGUUGUUACCAAGGGUACCCCCGAAAAAUUGAUCGAACACCUGGUAGCCGACCUUUCUAAUGUAGAUAUCACCUAUCCUGAAGAUUUUCUGCUCACCUAUCGCACAUUCCUCGAGAGCCCGGCCCCGAUUGUCGAUCGUCUUCUCUCAUGGCAUAUGCAUGCUCCACAUCUCCGUGCGCGAGUUAAUCGGAUUGUCAUCUUGUGGGUCCACAACCACUUCAACGACUUUGAGGAUAGCCCAGAGAUGAUGAAGUUCGUGGAAAAGUUUGACCGCAUUCUGGUCACAGACGGGACUGCUGGAGAACGACGUCUAUUCCAACUAGCCUGCAGUACCAAGGCCCGUCCCCGUCAAAUCGAGCUGGAACUGCCUCUUAGGCCGGUUUCCGGUAGUCAUUCGAGCAGUUCUCCAACGCACCUGGUCAAUAUUCCCUUUACUCUGCUCGGCGGUCAGGAUGGUUUCGGGAUAUUCGUAGAUCAGGGACAUGUUCAGAGACCGAACGUUCUGAGCAUGACUUUGCACUUUCAAGGUGCAAGGCGCAUGCCAAAAGAUGGUGGUCAGUCUAUUCAACAGAGUUUGUACUUCGCUUUGGUCUUCAAAGAUAAGGACAAUGUCGUCUGCGUACUCCAGAUCGACAAGGUUCUCACCAGCAAUGAUCUGAACACCGGGGUUUGCAAGACCCUCCAGUUGAACAAGAAUGGCGUUGAUCCACAGUUUGCCACUGCAUUGGAGACAAACUCUUGGAACCCUUCAGGCACCUCUUCUCCUCAGACAGUAUAUCCGACCACCCCUUCAAGGCCGCAGAUUCGUCGGGCUGAUCAACUACUAGCGGUCAACGGACGUUCUGUCAAGCAUUACCGACCCGUAGAUGUCGUACGCUUGAUUCACGCAAUUGGCUCUGCUGCAGCAGCGGACUUUCAAGGCAUGGAUAUUGUCGACACAUCCAAUCCAGUGUGCACGCUGCGGUUACUGUUUGUGUAUAACCCUCUCCAAUACCAUCAGUUGGUGAACACUUUGGACAGCCGCUUCCUGGACGGCCUUCAUUUAUCUGACCAGAACCACAAUGUUCUAACAGGUUCACUUCAGCGAGUCAAUGCAGAUGCGAUCGAUGGGCAGUCGAAAAAGAUCAGCAUACCUUCUAACGGUCGCGGUCCUGGUCCGACACGAAGUAGUCGCCCGCUAUCACCUGCCCCUCGAGGUUCCGGGGAGCAAAAGAGUGUGACGCGUGGACGACGCGCUCCCGAAACUCAACAACAUAAUGGUGAUCUUCGUUCCUCUGCCAACCUCAACCAUUUGCCUGAUCCCCAGGACCGAAGAUCUGGUCGGUCUCACAGUGCUCAUACAUCACCCAUUAGAAUUUCCUCAGGCAAGCAGCGAUCCAGUGUUGACACUAAUUGCGGUGAACCUGAUUCAGCGGUUCGGAUGUCAUCUGAGCAACCUGGUUCGACUGCUAGCUCCGGAAUAAAUGGUAACCAGACCAUAUCUUUCUUGCGAACGCCGUCCACUGCGCAUAAGGAUUCAUGUAAUUUCUUGUACAGUCCUCCUCUAUUUCAUCGAACUCAACGCUCAUCCUCGCAGCCAGACCUCAGCGUGGUAGAGCCCUACGCCCCGGACCUCACCUUGAACCCACCAUCAGCUGCAUUUCUUGCCAAGCGUCCGACGUCAGACGCCAGUCAGACUAACGAUCAGUCGUUUUCCGUCAUCCGAGUCUGGCGUUCUAACGAGACUGGUCGUGAUCAGACGAGUAAGCUGGUUCUACUCCCACACCGUCACACCAACGCGUUGUUAGCAACUCGGUUAGCUGCUGAAGAAUUUGGAGUGCUGGAAGAGGAUAUGGACUGUUAUAGUCUUUAUCACGUUACCGUGGAUCCCGGACCAAUCGUGAAGCAAAGCAGACUGGCCAAUACGGUGGACGAUUUGGCUGGCCGCAUGACACUGAACGCUCGCUACUAUUUGAGACACAAUCGAAGCCAUGAUACGUUAAUUGCGGAUGAUGUGGCCAAAACGAUCUUAGCUGAAAGUCGUGUGACUUUCUUGCAGCUUACCCCUGAAGACCUAGCCAUACGCGUAACGUUGGACGAUUACGAAAUAUUUCGAGCCGUACAAUCUACAGAAUAUAUUGAUGAAGUGUUUGGGCUUUCUCCAACGCCUAAUUGCCUGACUCUGUCAGACGCUGCGGUAUCCCACACCACUCCGAUGGGCUACGCCACAGGGCACGGUAAUCUCGAUCGUUUCACCGAAUUAGUCAACCGUGAGGCCUAUUGGGCUCCGACAGAAAUUUGCAUGGAAUCGAAUUUGAACCGUCGAGUUGAUCUGAUCAAACGAUUUAUCAAGCUUGCAAAGCUCUGUCGAGACCUGCGAAACUUCAAUACGAUGUUCUGUAUCUUGGUCGGGCUACAUCAGACACCGGUGGAGCGGUUAAAACAGACUUGGGAACGGUUACCAAACAAGUACUUCAAGAUGUAUCGGGAUCUGAGUAUGGUUUUGGACACCUCCCGAAACUUUUUCCAGUAUCGUAAUAUGCUGACAGGCACGGAGGCUGCAGCUCCGAUGCUUCCCUACUUACCCCUGGUUCUCAAAGACCUAACUUUUAUACACUUGGGUAAUCCGUCGCGCACUUCAGAUGGGCUCAUCAAUUUUGUCAAAUUGCGUAUGCUUGCCAAAGAGAUCCGAGCCAUUUGUCGCAUGUGCAAUGUGGAAUAUGACAUAGACGCUGCCCAUCGUCUACUCCGUCGUUUCCCGGUUGGCAGUCGGGCUCGUGCUUGGACGAGUGCAUCAAAAUCCACAACAUUGCCUCCAAAGGCUAAUUCGUUUGCCACAAAUGGGCUGGAGCAUAACUCAUUUGGUGAAGACACGAAACGGAAUAGCGAAACAAGCGAAGAUCAACAGUCCUCUUCUGGCAGAAGUGUUGGGUCACGUGCACCCAGUUUGUCGCUCGGCACAACGAAGCGGGCAACAUCCCAGGCUACCUCUUUUGGAAGCGUCAUUUUGAACGUAGCCGCAACAGCCGGCGGUAGUCCACUGUUGGGCCUGCCUGGUUCAGUCACCUCGUUCGCUGGUCGUCGUCGAUCCACUGCAUUCACUUUCGGCUCUUCAGCCACAACUUCUCCAUCGGUCAACACGAAGAAACUUUACGAAUCCUGGCUCACCACAUUACGGAUUCGAACCUAUCUGGCCAACUUGGUUGUCAAUCAAGAUUCGGAAUCGCUUAGUCAGCUCUCCGUUCGUCUUGAGCCGGGCUCAAGGGAGACGAAAGCAAGUGCUCAACCAACCGCUACCACCGCGAACGGUAGUAACAACAAUAGCAACGUAGGAGCUGUCGUCAGUUGGUCCACUGAAUCGCUCGGUUCCACCCCCGCAACAGCUUCCGCUUGUAUUUCCCUGCUGUUUGCUUUAGCCCUUGUCUUUCACUGGUAUAAAUACAUUUACUAUGCGUUUCCCAGUUCGCCUGAAAUCGGUCAUCUUCUCUCACUCAUUAUAGCCACAAAAUCCCCUUCCAAAACCUGUGCAUCCACAACGUCUACGUGUCCUCCGGUAGCCGAAAAAUCUAUGUCUUCUACCUCGCCUACCACUUCUGUGCCCUGCACAUCCACCAGUGUGACGGUAACAUCUCCAACGCCCCUCGCUCGUCCAUUUCUGGGUGCCCAUUCUGUUGAGGAUGCGAGCAAGCUACGUGCCUUAAGUGAAUGUCGUAAGCGCUCACAACACCGCAUCCCUUCGUUCACGUUACCCACAAACACCUGUGUAUUCGCUGCCCCAGCCUCCGGACCCCAUGCAGGGAUCGGGCUUGGUCAGCUACAGUACCAACAUCAUCCCUCUGGACCGUCACACAGGCCCAAUCAGUAUUACUGCCAGAACUCACAAGGAACAGUCCUGUUACCCAACACGAUAUCCAAUUUGCCUCCCUGUCAGAAUCCUCAUCAUCGACAUCCCACGCAUCUGCAACAUCCGCACCAGCACCAUCCUCCCACAAGCUACUCAAUUGUGGGUAGCAAAGCCCUGUCACUUGAUUACCUUAUUCCCAUGCCACGACGUAUUGGUCCCGCCUGCACUGGUGCAGCAGUCUGGCCUGGCCUCCAUCAGCAUCAGCAGGCGCACGCAGCACACUUUCAACGGAUGCCCGCAAGUAACACCAGUAACUCCAGAGGGCUUCCGACUCACACGACAGUCACUGGGGGCUCUAAUCCUAUGCGGCAACUUCUUCCAUCCAUUUUUGUUAACAAGUACCAGACCGGUGCACCAAUCAGCGCUGCUCGCUAUCAGUGUCCUCCUUUGUUUCUCCUUCAGCCCAUCUCACAAAUGCACCCCGUUCAAAACACACGUCCAACAUCAGAUAAGACUCUGUAUGCCACACCGCCUGCUACUUCAGUUCGACAAAAGCCAAGUUCGCAGCUUGUCAACACCUACACCUCCUCAGGCGGAGUAGUUCAUCGGUGUAGCCCCCAAGCUAAAUCUCAGGCAGUCGGUGGUCCAACUCCUUUCGCACAUUUUACCCCCAAUGGUGGAGUUCAUGUCGUGAAAAGUGUCCCAGUGAAUAUGCGCACCCAAUAUUCCAACUCUGACGAGAGCUACUAUUACCCUACUGCAAAUAUGAAUCCCUAUGUCAACGCUUCACAACACCACAGACAGGUCCCUAUCGGUCGAAACGGUCAGACCAUGGAUUGGAAACCAAAUCGCCCGCCUCCGUACGAGCUGGCCUUGGCGCUCAGACAACAGCAACAAUCCCAGAUCAAGAUGGGCUCACGAUCAACGGAUGAACAGCAACGACGCCAGUCCUCCACGUCCGAAACAAACUCACGUCGCCAGCAAACUCCUCUUACUCGAGGAUCUAGCAGUGAUACUCCCCAAACUUAUUCGCGGCAUGGAAUGCCUCCACGGCAGGAAUCUGUUGACUUAGUGCGCAGUCGGAGGAACCCCCCUCGACAGCCAUAUCAUCCACCAGGAGCACCACGUCCAGCAAUAGAUGUGAACACAGAACCUUCAGAUGGACAGUCUCGAGGCUCUUCGCAACCGCUGCCAUCCACCAGAUCUACCCAACGCCCUGCUCCACCUUCCUAUCACCAGGUCGUUGCGAUGACUCGGUACACUCAACAACAGCCUGCACAGAACAUCUCUACCCGCCCUUCGGGACCGUCUACAGAACGUCCGACUCCACCCACACGUACGGUUGCCACCUUAUCAUCCGCAUCCCAAAAUAUCUCCACUCGAUCAGUCUCAGCUCACCCAGGUCCGCCUGCUAUCCACUCCAAUUCAACAGUCCCUAACGCACUGGAAUCUCAUGAUCCCCGACUGCUUCCAAGGCCGCGUGGCGCAAUGGAUAACGCGUCUGACUACGGAUCAGAAGAUUCCAGGUUCGAAUCCUGGCGUGGUCGCGACUUUUCUCAAUCUGCGUUCCGACUGAUGUCCUUCCAAUUUCACACCACCUUGGAAAAGCUUGCAACCUGA